AUGUCGGAGCUCGCGCACUCGCCCGAGCCGCUCCUCCCGCCGCUAGUGACCGCCGCGUACGUCGCAUGUGUUGCUGGUGCUGCUGCCCUCGCUAACUGCUCCGUUCUGGCCGCGCUCUUCAAAACGUCGCGAAGUGGUUUGCUGACUAUUAUUCUACAAUUGGCCAUAGCCGACUUUGUGCUCGGAGCAUCAUUAUGUCCAGAAUUGUGGUCUUUUAAUGCAAGAACGUGGGUUUUUGGUAAUCAGAGUUGCAUAGCUUACCGAGGAUUGAGUGUGUUUGCCUCAACCGUGUCGUGUUAUUUAGUGGCCACUAUUGCACUGCAUUCACUCGCCACUGUCAAUUUUGAAGAAAAAUCAUUAACAAAACAUAUUAAAAGAAACGAACAGGAUGAAGAUGAAGAGAUAAGAUCAUCACGUCACAGUUUAGUGACUAGCAGCGACUCCUCAACACCACCUCGGACUAUGAACCUAGACUAUAGAGUGUCGAGUAAGAGAAUCUCAGUGAUCCAGCCUACAAUUUUUAUUUGGAUUUUAUCAGUAUCUUUAAGUAUUCCAGAGUUUGUGUUAGCCACUACAGUACACUUCGAUCACAAUAUUGUGAUGUGCACAAUUGUUGACACUAGUCAACGCCUUUAUAUGUACUCUAUUCUCGCAGUGUUAAACUUAUUUUUACCAAUAGUUGUAAUGAGCGUGGCUGGUGUAUUGGUUAUUCUUAAAUUAAGAUUAAGGAGCCUAUUAUCUCAGAUAGAGUGCUUCGAAUCCAUCUCAUCGCUGAAACUGUCGCUGUGGCUUAUAAUAGUGUACAUGGUGCUGUGUUCACCUCGAUCAAUAGUAACAGCCUAUAGUGUAUACUCUAAAACAAGUCAAGGGAACCAAACGUCUUUAGCUCACACCAAUGAAAUGGCUUCUGUGAACUUAGCUACCAGCAGUACUUACAUUGUUUCAACGUUGGUGCGACCACUACUAAGUAUAAUUUUACUACCUCGAGUGAGGAAGUCUUUUUCCUUUGGAUCUUACAUCCAAGCAGAUAAUGUUUAA